GGGUUUAUAGAAUCAAUUUCAAUCAAUGCCAUUUUCUCAUCCUCUUCCUCUGCUGUAUCUCUGGUUCGCCUAUUCUUGCCGCCACAACACGCAUCAGACGCCGCCGCUCCCUGCGUCCGCCGCCGCUCCUCACAGACUCGGAGGAACGAACUAUCAGUAUCACCACCCUGUUAAAUUUCGCAGAGAAAGAACGAGAACCAGAGCGACCCUUGAUGACACUGAAAUAGGACAACUUUCCUCAACCCCACUUCUUGUUGAGGACGACAAACCCAGCAAGGAAGUUAUGGGUCAGGAAUUUUCUCAUGAAGGGGUUAAUAGCGAGCAUACAUCAUAUGAUCAGUAUGAGCAGGAGGAAGAAAAACAUGAGGAAGUUGACGUGGAUUAUAUGGAUGAGGAUGACACAAAUGUGGAACCAAUGUUCGAUUAUCACGACUUCGAUGAAGGGUCUAACAUUGACUCACUCGAAGACAUUGAGAUGAUUGAAUUUUGGAACAUCAGGGAUGAAGAUGUAUGUCAUUUUCACUUUUCUGAUGUCAACAUUGCAUUUGAGUUCUACAAUAGAUAUGCAAGGACAAGAGGCUUUAGUGCUUGGAAGAACAGGACUAGGAAGAGUCGUGCGGGUGCACUUAAGUUGAAGAAUUUUGUAUGUCAUCGUGAAGGAUUUAGACUGCCAAAUAAUUACGGCAUCGGAAACCUUAAGAGAAAACCUACACCGGAGACAAGGUGUGGCUGCAGUGCAAUGAUGGAGAUUCAUGUAGAUGCACCUAGUGGUCAUUGGUUUAUUUCUUAUUUUUCUGAUGAACACAAUCAUCCGCUUUUGGAUCCUUGGUUGACUGGAUUGCUCCCUGGGCAUAGAUUCAUGUCCGAGGCUGAUAUUGGCCACAUGGUUAACAUGAAAAAGGGUGGGAUUAAUGUUGGGUAG